CUUCUAUCAUCUGUCUAUUCUGUGAAUUGGUGUGACAUCGUGGGUUUAUUUACAUGAUGAUCUCGACGCUCAGCCACAGCCACAUUGAGCAGUGCGGGGUAAGUUAACAACCCCAUCAACACAUCAUCACAGACCUUCACAACGAAAUUGAGGAAAAGAAAGGAAGUAAGGAAUGCCGUGAAGACCUUGUAUCAGUCCGGCAUCCAGCCAUCUCUCCGACGACGUUCUCGCCUAUUUCCCCGCCCAUGAUGCCAGCGGAAAUUAUCUAGAAGAGGAAGAAAAAGACUCAUUCGAAGGCAGACGGUCCAGCUCAGUGAAGCGCAAGCCAGAAAAGCCAUAAAAGUCCAAAAAGACACACAGAAGGAUCAACAGUAUCUUGUGUUAUAUCAUGUCACCUGCUCGGGGAAGGACACUCAUAAGAUGCACAAGAAACCGGCGGUGUAUCUCGAUCAUCCGAGUUUAUUCAAAGGCGACAGUCAAAUGAGCGCCUUAAGGGGCCGGUUGGCGGUUCCAGAUAUUGACGAGUACCUCGAGCGAAAGGACCAUGUGGUCUUCGUGGUCAAGAAAUGCGUUGGUUGCGAUGAACACGUCGACGCAAUCCAGAGCUCGUUCCAUCCUCUGCCGAUGCCCAAUGACCCCGAGAUCCCCACAUCGGUCCAGCCCUACUUUUCUAUUCUCCGAAAUCAAAGCCCUUUGGCCGACAUCGUGUCGGAAACCAUGGAGCUGAUCUCCGAGACCCUUCAGUAGGCCCCUGGAAAGUGACUGGGAUGAACUCCGACGACAGCGCGCCUCAUGGCAUAGUCAGGAAUCUCGACACGAUGAAAGACCGCCUCUACUACAUCAGCCGGGAGGAGGACUAUUUGGACAUGCCGACGCAAGCCCAACUGCGCCACCCCAAUGUUCUGCUGGAGUACAUGGAAUCGCAGAAUAAAGCCGAGUACGAAAAUGUAGAUAGGCUGAUUUCACCGCCGU